GGUCUCCUUCCCCCAGCCGCCGCCACUGCCAUUUCCCCUCCUUUGCCUCUCUUUCUUCCGUCGCCCCCAUCCCCGCUCCUCCAUUUUCUGCCGCCCAGUGUGUGAGAGCAAAAGAAGCGAGGAUGUCGCUGUGGAGGCCAUCGGUGGUUGAGGAGGCCUGGCUGGAGGAGCUGGCCAAGGCUGGUUCGAUUCCGCCGAGGGAAGUGGCGCACUGGCGAGCGCCGCCAAAGUCGGAUGUUGUCCCGCAUCCGAAUCCCGACGAGGUCGUGACCUUCUACGCGCGAGGACAAGGCCAUGGCGCCCCUGUUCGCCUUCGGAAACGCAGCAGGUUGAAUCCCUGUCCUCUCUCGAUUCUUUUACAGAUUGCAUGUACACACGUCUACUGGUGUUCGCCGGGUCGUCACCCAUCCAUGUCGCCGAAGUGCUGUACAAGCACGUUGGUGGUGGAGACGUCAAGCUGAUGAUGAAAGUCCGGCCGGCGACGACACCCCGCCGCCAUCAAGCCCGGCUGCUGGCCGGCGACGACGGCGCUGCGAAGACACUGAAGCGCGGCGCGAUGAGGCCGGUGCUGCGCGACGAGGCCGGCUGCGAAGACACUAAAUCUAUUUCAACAGUUUUAGACUUGAUGUGCCAUGGUGAGGAUGCUACAUUAGGGGCUGAUAUACUUCACUUCGUUAGCAAUAACAAUAGGAGCUGCACAGAAAAAGACCAAACAUGGAAAUAAAAAUGAUUGUGUUCUUACCUGAUCUCCUUAACUACAUGUAUAUGGCAUACUUCAUUUCUCUUGAAUGCUACUUCAUUUUCUUCGGAGAAGAAUCAUGGUAUUACAUUAAAUAGGUAUCUUUUCCUUCUUAAGUGCAGCAUCGCUAGGGCAAUGUUUUGAAUCUCAGUGCUGCACCACAAUAUAAACAUCCAGAACAUAUGUAUCAAAGCAGAAUACGGAAUUAUCAAUUUGAACUAUGGAGCAUUCUGAUUUGCAGAGCUAUAACAGAAUACAUUCAUGGUAAACUAUAUUAUGAGAAGGGGAUACGGAAUAACCAAAUUAGAAUGUGGACCAUUCUAUUAUGCCGAAAUGCAUUAGAUCACAUCAGGGACAAUCCGAUCUAUGAAAAGACAAUAGCAGAUUCUCAGUUUCUGCUGCGGGCUAUUAAAAUCUUCAUAUCUGCAUCCAAAUACAUCCAUAAACCAAUUUAUGUUAAGGAUAUAGCAUAUGAUCAAUUUCAAUUGUGGAUCAUUUUGCUUUGGCGAGCCAUAUCAGGAUACAUUUACUCCAAACCUAUCUACAAAAAGGGGAUAUCACUUGAUCAGUUUAUAAACCUUCCAGAGGAUGUAUUAUUUCGUCAAAAUUGCCUCCGAAGGAGGUAGUAAGGACUAGUGUUCUAUCAAGUAAAUGGAGAAAUUUGUGGACAAUUUUCCCCAAACUGAGAUUUGAUGGCACUGUUAUGUUUGGGAAGAAAAUAAAUGGUGAACAAAGGGAGCAGUAUGCUCGGCAGUUCAUUGACACUGUCAAUGUAGUCCUACAUCAGUGCCAUGGCAAAGUAGUUGAAGAACUUGUUAUCAAAUUUAACUUCGACAGCUUGCUGAUGGAUCAUCUCAAUAAUUGGGUUAGAUUUGCUGCAUCGUCGCAUACGAAGUCUCUUUCUUUUGAUCUAACACCAAGGGGUCUUGAAGUUUUCGAUGAUCCUCAGUAUAUCUUCCCUUUCAAACUUUUUGACAGCAGAUGUAUAUCUCAUCUUCAGCUUCACUUUGUAUCUAUCAUGUUACCUACACAGUCCUGUGGUUUCCCAAAACUUAGAAAGCUUGAUCUGCGUAAUGUCAAGGUCAGAGCAAAAGAGCAUGAGUACAUGUUGUCUAAUUGCAGUUCUCUUGAGUGGUUCAGUAUUGCUUUUUGCAAUACGAAGGGUGAACUAAAGGUUCAGAGCCCACUUCCCAGGCUGCUAUACAUGAAUGUCUCAUUCUGUGAACUAACAAAGAUGGAAUUUCGUGCUGUGAAGCUCAGAACAUUUGUUUAUGAAGGAUCAGCAGUGCCUAUUAACCUGACUGAGGUCUCCAAGCUGAAAAAUGCAAAUAUAUAUUUUACUGAAUCAACUAUUGGGAAUGCUAUUCCUGAACUAGCUAAUGCACUCACAAAUGUGCAGAAUCUCACCUUGAAGAUUUAUGUCCAUCCACCAGAGGUUCCUUGUUUGAUUGAAAAUCCAUCCAGAUUUUGUCAUUUGAAGCAUUUGCAGUUGCUGUUGUGGUACAAUAUGGACGUUGACAAUCUAUCUCUGGUCUCUUUACUGGGAACUGCUUUGUUUAUUGAAAAGUUGGAGAUCCAUUUUAGUAGUGUUUUUGGUUUUUACCUAAUGAAAGGAACAUCAAUCAGGAGAUUGAAGCGUACAUACAACUAUCUCAAGGACGUGUGUAUUACAGGAUUUCAAGCAUCCAAUGGCCAAAUUGAAUUUCUUGUACACGUUGUGGAAAAUACCCCUGCCUUGCAGGUCUUAACUAUAGACCCGUUGGAUAGACUGAUGAAGGGAGAUCCAUUGUUAGUUAUUGAGAGAGAGGUGGACUUUAUAGAUGCAGCAUACAGAAUUGUUCGCGAAUAUAUUGAAGAGAACGUUUCACCGAAAUGUUCUGUAAGAUUGCUGUCGUAGAAGAGUCACUGUGCGACAUGUGCAAUGGACCUAAAUAGGGAUAUUAGGACGUGCUCAUUGUACGGCACGCUGUUAACGUUGUUUUGCAAAAAAUAUGACUUUUAGUUUCUUCCUACUGAA